UGUCACCAUCGUCUACAUGUAAACAGAGAUUUCGCUUCAAAUUUUUUCAGAGGGCAACCAAAGUCGCUCCAAGAAACUAGAUCUUGGGAUUAUAGACAUAAAAAAUCUAAAAUCCCAAUAAAAAAAGAAGGAAGAAGAAGAAGAUGCAGGAAAUAUAGACAUAAAAAGUCCAAAACUCUGUAAAAGAAGAAAGAAGGACAACCGAAGUCGCUGAAGUAUCUUAGAAAUUCGCUAUAAAGUCUCUGAGAAGUUUAAUUCUAAGACUAUAUACGUCUUUGGUUUAAUUAUAUAGGGGAAAUGAAGCUACCGUCCAAGGGCCAGCUAGAGCAGAUUAUGGAGCGCCACACUGGGAAGAGAAUACGCAUUUCGAAAGAUGCAGCUUCGUAUAUGUAUAUGAGGUACUUGAUUUACAUAAAGGAGUUGGCCAAGAAGACGGAUGAUAUUGCUUUCAGUCAAAAGAAAUUGCAGAUUGGAGGUGAUAAUAUUGCUCGUGCAGCUCCAAGGCUGCUCUCAGAAUUCAGUGAUGCUCGUAACAUCCGCCUGAGAGCCAAGAGGAGGAGCAGUGAAGGUGCAAAAGAAGAAACCAAAAGCAGAGAGAGGUCUAGUGGAGGAGAGAGUGACGAAAGUUCCGAGGAAGAAGAAAGCAAAGCCAGCGGGAGCAGCAAAGGAAAUCGGCAGAGGAAAGUGGUGCAGAAGGGGAAAAAAAGAAUUAAGGUAACUUUUGGUUGAGUGGAUAGUUGCACUUCCUAAUUUUAUUGUUAUCUUGCUCGGAACAGUUGUCAGCUAUUGUGGUGAUGUACUCAGAAUCUUUUAUCUUUGUAACAAUUGUGUAAUAUUGGAAAUUUAUGUGUAUUGUCUUCCUUUACUUUAACGGCCUUUUACUCAUCUUUCUGAAUAUUCUUUUUUUCUUUUCUUUUUCUUUUAUGAUUUUGUACUUGAUUCAUUGUUAUAAUUGACUGUAAAUUAGGUACUGGUUUUAUUUGUAGUGUCAAGCAAAACCCAUCUUGCACAGAUUGAUAACAAACUGAAAAUUAACAUACUACCCAAUACUUUGAGUUUUGCUUUAUAAUAGAACUUUUGAGACAUGCCAAUAGGAAUAUGAUACCUAGAUUUUAACUUUUUAUUGUUAUGAGUGCUGUGUAAGACUGACUAUCCAGAGGUAUUAACCUUUCUGGAUAAAAUUAUUAUUAGCUAUAAGGGCCCUUUUGUAACUGUGUCAUGUGUUUGUACUAUUCUGUAAUCCACAAAGCCAUUCACAAAACCUACUGAAAUUGACUAAGUAGUUUUCAAACAAAGGUUUUUCCUUUUCUUCAACAUCUUUUUUAUUUAGAUUUAUUACAGAUAGCUCCUAAUUACCUUUUAAAAAUGAAUGGCUAGAAUAUAUAUUCAAUUCACAUUCAUUGACUGGCAUAUUGCAGAUAAUUUUUGUACAUGAUUUUUAUAUCUCCAAUAAACUUUUGUAAGAAC